AUGUCCAAAACAGUAUCCCAAAGCCCAGGCCAGGAUAUGGCCCAGUUCGUCCAUUAUAAUGUCUUGGGAUCAGACUAUGAAAUAACCGGGAGAUACUCCUCCUUAAAACCGGUCGGAGCAGGCGUUUCCGGCAUAGUCUGCUCCGCCUACGACCAACUCGCAGGAGAGACUGUAGCGAUCAAAAAGCUAUCCGAGCCCUUCAAAAGUGCACAUGUCGCAAAACACAUGUUUCGCGAAGUAAAAUUAUUAAAGAUGCUGCAGCAUGAUAAUAUCAUUCAUAUGAAAGACAUCUUCAUCUCCCCGACGGAGGAUAUCUAUAUCAUUACGGACCGCCUUGCAGUCGAUCUCGGGACUCUGCUGGCUAGCAAAAAGCUAGAAGAUCAAUUCACACAAUAUUUCAUGUACCAAAUUAUGCGUGGCCUCAAAUAUGUCCACUCAGCGGGAGUAGUUCACCGUGACUUGAAACCGUCGAAUAUCCUGGUCAAUGAGAACUGCGAUUUAAAGAUCUGUGAUUUUGGCCUUGCUCGACUCCAGAAAACUCACAUGACUGGCUACGUGUCAACGAGAUAUUAUCGAGCACCGGAGAUCAUGCUCACCUGGCGAAGGUAUAAUGCCAAAGUUGAUAUCUGGAGUGCAGGGUGCAUCUUCGGAGAGAUGAUGCUGGGGAAGCCUCUGCUCCCAGGCAAAUCGCACAUUGAUCAAUUUUACACCAUUACUCAACUGCUGGGGAGUCCACCCGACGAGCUGACGGCAAAUGUGACCAAUACGAAUACUCUGGACUUCAUAAAGUCGUGCCCUCGGCGAUCCCGCAAGCCGUUGUCCAAACUCAUUCCAUCCGCGGACAGGAGAGCUCUGCAACUCCUGGACAGCAUGCUCCAAUACGUACCAGAGAAAAGAUGCUCAGCGGCCGAGGCUCUCGAAUCUCACUACCUUGCUCCAUAUCAUGAUGGCGAAGAUGAGCCAGUGGCAGAACAGCGGCUUGAUUGGUCAUUCUUGGAGGCAGACCUUCCUGCUGAUGUGUGGAAGACAGUAAUGUAUUCAGAGAUCUUGGGAUAUCUGGGUGACGUGAGCGGGUUAAGGACACCUGAAAGCGAUAAUUCGAGCCCAGACGCGAUGGAUAUAAGUGCAAAUUAA